GUCGAUGUUACAUCGACGUCCCUCCCAUCGCUAGAAUAGUCCCCCGAAAUCCGCGAAAAGCGGACGCCAGGUCCAAUAACCCCCUCCUGUUUUCCUCAAACCAGAUGCAGUGCACCGCGUUUCGGGCUCCUGAGAUUCCUGCGUGGGAUUGGGAUUCCGAAUCCGCCGGACUGCAAAGGAUCCAGAUCCAAAUAUCCACAUUGGCAUCCGCAUGCCAAGGGCUCCUCAACUCCAGCAUCCGCAUCCGAGUUUUCGAAACCUGUAAGACGUCUGUCCACGAUGAGCACCAGCGCAGGCAGUGGCCACGGAAGUGGUAACAACACUCUGAAUCGAAAUGGAAACGGAGAUGGAGGCCUCAGCUUGAUGGAGGACCUGCAGCACAAAUACGCCUUCCUCGAGAAUCUGUUUAGCAAGUUCUGGAAGUCCAUAAUCAAGUCAAACUCGAAGCUCAAGCUGCAGCUGCGUAAUGUCAAGUGGAAGAAUGCCAAGGCGAAGCCCGGUUGUGCCUACCAGCCAACGGAGAUUGAGCAGGUGGCCAAUGUGAUUACCCACGGGAUUUGGAUACUUCCCGCCGUUUUUGCGGCCGUAAAACUGUUCGAACGCUCAUCGAGUGCCAGCCAGUAUUUGGUUUCCUGGGUCUACGGCGGAGCCCUUUGCAUGCUCUUCACGGUGUCCACCUUCUUCCACUGCUCCUGCUACUGCGCGGAGCACAAACCCCCGAAAAAUGUCAAGGCUUGGCCUAGUUUGGGUUGGCAGACCUACCAGAGCCUAAAGAACGUGCUCCAUCGCUGCGACCGAGCCAUGAUCUAUGUCUUCAUUGCGGGAUCCUACUUUCCCUGGCUCACGCUGGAGAACACCGACCACUCGGCCAUACUCUUCUGCAUGGAGUGGGUCAUCUGGCUGAUGGCAGGAAUCGGGAUUACCUACCAGCAGCUUUUUCAUGAGCGCUACAAGUGCCUGGAGACGUUCUUCUACCUGGUAAUGGGCCUGGGUCCGGCUUUGGUGGUCGUGUUCACCGGCCACCACUUCCACGGAAUGCUGCAGCUGAAGUUCGGCGGCGCCUUCUACAUACUGGGCAUCGUGUUCUUCAAGGCGGACGGCCUGAUACCGAUGGCCCACGCCAUUUGGCACCUGUUCGUGGUGCUGGCCGCCGGAUGCCACUACUACGCCAUCCUGGUGAACCUCUAUCCCGACGACGGAGCGUUCGAACAUUGAAACGAAAAUGAGAGGGAACGCAGCGAAUUUAGACCUUAGAGUACUUAACGACAGAGGUUCAAUUAUGUCCGCCACGUGUAACGUAUUCCUAUGAAUGUACAUGUACCCGAGUCUCUGCUCCACAAUUAGCCAAAUUUUAACGAGCGAGUGCGAUUAGUUGUAGCCAUUAGCAAUACGGAGUAACUAAAUCGAAACGAUUCUUGUGAUCAGUAUCUGCGGUCUUGCCAAAGAUUCAAAUUGUGCGAGUGCUCAUUUUUUUCUACAUAGAUAUUAUUAGCUAUAUUCAUAUAUAUAUUGUGUACGCGUUCUCCAUUGAGCAUCGUUUCUCAAAAGACUUUGAUCUGUAUUCAAAAGGCGAAAACAAAGUGAAAUUGUACAAAUCCGAAGGCUUAUAACAUUAAUUUUCCCGCCUAGCCCGCGCCUUUUGAACAUUAGAAGCCCGCCUAUCCCACAUUAUACAUGUUUGUAAGAAUUAUACACAUAUUACAACAUAUACAAAUCUAGAUAGAAUUAAGAAGGAAUCGCAGAUCGAAGUCCAGCCCCUAGGCCAGUUUUUCGUCCCCUUAGCUCAGGGACUACUCGAUGUGUUCGCAGAUACCCAAGAAGGCGACUAUAUAUAUAUAUAUAUACUAUAUACGCUUGAUAUUUAUUGGGGCUUGGCUCGCGAUCAGCGGAUUUAGCUUUCGUGUAUUGGCGUUUUUUGGUCUGCCGUCGUUAUUUCGGUGCUGACCUCGUUGCUGAUGCAACUGGUUUAAUUGGGGAUCCUGGCUAUGUCCCAUAGAACUCCAUAGAUUCUCAAAUAAAUUAAAUGUUUUAUUCCCAAACAAAAAAGUCUUUCCCUAUAAUCUAUUAAGACGAUUUACUGUUGUAUAUUUUGUUGUAUACUUGUUGUUUAUUGAUUAGCUUUAGUUUGAAUUGUACAUAAUUUUUUUGAAAAUACAAGAUAUUUUUCUCAUUA